CUCCAUUAGUGUCAUGGCUGCCGUCAGGAAAUAGAGACACUAAUGAUGAUUGUAUUCCGUCGAGUUUCAUAUCCGUUCCAAUCACGUGCUCGCCACUUCACGAUGUCUAAGAACGCGAAACAGGGUAGAAAAAGCAGACGCUUACCCCCUCUAUCGUCAAUCACCCAAAGUUCUCUCACACCUGUUCAGUCGUCACGGAUUCCAAGCCCUGUCACAAAGGUUGUAGGAAUCGCCGCUUAUCCCACGGGAAGCCGUUACCAUAGAAACUGCCGUUCCACCUACAGGCGGGAGUCUCCAGGCCCCGGUUGUUACCUGGACGAAAUUCUGAAAACCAGAACUAAUCCUGUAUCUACGCAACGUCGGUCCUCAAGAUUCAGCGGUUCCAAUAAGCUUCUUAGUAACACUCCUACGAAGAUGAUUAGAAGCUGUUCCCAUGACAACCUGAGCAGUAAAGGUUUGAACCCUGAAAAGGUAACAAAUUACCUUCGUGAAAAUAUUGAUUUUCUCGAAGAAUACGUCGUCAACAAUGUCGACUUAGAACUUCUAGAAAGGUGGAUGAUCCGAGGUGUUCAAAAGUCUCGCAACAGGUCACAGUCUGUGGACGUCAAUGGACGUACGGAAAGGAAGACAAGCCUGUCUCGCUGGAAAGUUUGA